UACCGCCCUCUAUCUGUUGGGAGUCCACAAACUCAUACAGAGCAUUGUUCAAACAAUUUCUCAUCCGUCAAAAGACACAUUUAUGAAAUGAAUAUGAAGCGUUUCGGAGUUGGGCCACCGGUUGUAGCACAACCGCCUGCUCAUCUCGCUCGAGCGGACCAGAGGGGGAAUGUCAGGUAACUCUUGGUUCGACUUCAACUAAGCGACUGAAAACCGAGAUGAACAACUUUUACUGGCAUCGCUGAAGAGAGUCGCUGGGCCUGGGAGCAGGACUCCUCACAUUCCUCCCGCAGCAAAUCCAGACAUGACACAUACAGUUCAAGAAAGCGGCAUCAAAAAAUGGAAGUCGUCCUUCAAACCUCUGGAUGGAGAAGAGCAGUCCGCUGAAGACUCUCCAGGUCAAACCGCUCACGGUUCACCAGCCACACUUCGAGCACCUGAGGACCAGAACAUGAAUCAUAUAGACAAAAGUUCUGAAAGCUACGAGCACAGCUCACCCGUGUGUGACCCUGAGCCCGAAAAGCCCAAGAAACGACUCAAUAAAUGGAGAUCAAUGUUUAAAUCGCUAGACGAGCAAAUAGCUUCUGCUGAGGCAGCAAAUUCAACCGGUAACAGGAACAAGACUGAACUUUAUGACCCCUUUGACCUCCAUCAUUCCGACUCUGAUCCGGAGAGUCCCGAGCAGAAACGCUUCCCCUUGGAUCAGGUUUACCGCGGCUGUCUGUCUCCAGCUCAGAGCCACAACAGCAACAGUUGGGACUCCGGCCGCCCGCAUCAGAGAAACGACUCUGUUCCCGAUGGUUCCCGCUUUAAAGACCCCUGGUCUUCCAGCCCCCCCGCAGCAUCAGAGCGGCAGGAGCUCAGAAGCCUGAGCCCUGACCAAACCAUCAGCAGAUCCUAUCCAGAACGGCUGACUUAUAAAGAAGAGAGGAGGGAGGAAGAAGAGGAGCUAAAUACGCCUAAAUACAGAAGCGAGAUUGCCACUCGGGUUCGAUUGUCUCCUCCUCGCUUAAAAGAAGACUAUCAACAGUUCACAGCUCAUAAGAUGAGAGGAGUCGACCGCCUCUCACCGUCCACUGUGGAAACCAAGAUCAGGAAGAGAAGUAUCAUAAUGGAUAAAAAUCCUAUCAACUGUGAACUCUGCGACAUCGAACUAGCAAGUGGGCCGGAGCUGGAGAAUCACCUGGACAGCAAGACUCACUGGGACACGAUGGAGUUCAUCCAGAAGGAAAACCAUUUCGAUGAUUUGGUUAUAGCUUUUUUACAGGAAGUCAUGCUGAACAAGUGCUCCAAGUGCAGCCCAGACGUGGACCCCAGAGCCAUUCAAACGCUUCAGGAGAAGGACCACAUGACAAAGGUUGAAAUAUUCCACUGCGCCGCGUGUCGAGUGUUUGUGUCCACGUCCGUCGCCUCGGUGCAGAAGCACAUCACCUCGGAGGAACAUCUCUUCAACACACAGGACUCGGAAGUGGAUCGGAGGCAGGCUUGUCUUGAAAAAGCAGAUUCAAUGUUGAAACAGUUGAAACCAGAACUAGAAGUCUUUCUUAAGGUACUUAACUUUACUAACUGUACAUUAUAUAGAUCAUAAAAAAAAGACAAAAUACAAAGCCAGUGUUGUGCGUUUGAAGUACAUAUAAAAAGCAUUUGAAUUUAUCUAGUUAUAUUUCCUGUAAUGGUGGCAUCAAAAGUGAGUUGAAAUAAGGUCCAAGUGACUUAUCUUGCGUGUCAGAAGCCGGUUGCAUCCGUGUUCAGUUAGAGGAGUGGUGAAUGGUGGUGUUUAAACCUUAAGAAUGUAACAACACAACUCCAGAUGAGCUAUUUUCUAAGGGAACAAUCUGCAAUAGAACAUCUUCCUCCAACACCAAACCACUUGUUUUAUUACCUACAAAUCACAAUUGAAAGAAUGGGUCCUUGUAAACAGCCUGUGAGUCAACUUGCUAUAAUUUAUCAAACUUAAUUGCACUUAGGAUUUAUCAAAUCUUGCUUAAAAAAAAAAACCCGACUGGCUUUAAGUGCUGAACUUUUUUUUUUUCCUUCCAGGGCGGCAGUCCCUUUCAAUGAGCAAAACAACAGUCACAUUUUCCCCCUCAGAUCCAGAAGAGAAAAACAAACAGAACACUCAAACGUGAUGCCACUGACCACUGAAGGUAAAAUCUCUACGUUCAGGACUGUACAACAUGUAAACGGAACCCUUUCAGUCUUCAUGCUUUUACAAAUAAAUACUUGCAAUUGGGAUAUUGUUUUAUUGUUUUUGAAACAGAGGAUUGAACGUAUGUGACUGUAUCAAUUCCAAACCGGAUUUUAACUUCUGUGUGCAACAGAGCCUGUUGCGCUUCUGUUGAAAACCUUUUCUCUAUUACAACUGUGAACUGAACUGAUGGAUGAAAUAAACCUCUUCUCUUGGACGCAGACUUGUUUCUGUUUGUCGUGUCGCUUUAUAAACGCUGAAUAUCAAAGGAAGUACGGUUA